AAUCAUCUGAGAACCUUGGAGGGUGGACGGUGCCCCUUUUCCAGAUGAGAAAACUGAGGCUCGCAGGGGAGAAGUAGCUGCCUCUGGCGGCGUGGCUUCUGGCUGCAGGAUGCUCGUGGAGUUCGUGGUGACCCUAGGCCUGUGUCUCGAUCUCCUUUGCUGAACUUGAACAGGAAGAUGGCAGUGGGGGCCAGUGGUCUAGAAGGAGAUAAGAUGGCUGGUGCCAUGCCUCUGCAACUCCUCCUGCUGCUGAUCCUACUGGGCCCUGGCAGCAGCUUGCAGCUAUGGGGCACCUGGGCAGAUGAAGCCAAGAAAGCCUUGGGUCCCCUGCUUGCCCGGAACCGGAGACAGGCCACCGAAUAUGAGUACCUGGAUUAUGAUUUCUUGCCAGAAACGGAGCCUCCAGAAAUACUGAGCAACAGCACCAACACCACUCCUCUGACUGGGCCUGGAAACCCUGAGUCUACCACUGUGAAGCCUGCUGCAAGGCAUUCUACUGGCCUGGAUACAGGAGGGUCAGUCACAGAGCUGACCAUGGAGCUGGCCAACAUGGGGACCCUGUCCAUGGAUUCAGCAGCUAUGGAGGUACAGACCACUCACCCAGCAGCCACGGAGGCACAGACCACUCAACCAGCGGCCACGGAAGCACAGACCACUCCACUGGCAGCCACAGAGGCACAGACCACUCCACUGGCAGCCACAGAGGCACUGACAACUCAACUGGUGGCCACAGAGGCACAGACCACUCCACUGGCAGCCACAGAGGCACAGACCACUCAACCCAUAGCCACAGAGGCACAGACCACUCCACUGGCAGCCACAGAGGCCCUGUCCACAGAAUCCAAUGCCAUGGAGGCCCUGUCCACAGAACCCAAUGCCACAGAGGCCCUGUCCAUGGAACCUACUACCAAAAAGGGUCUGUUCAUACCCUUUUCUGUGUCCUCUGUUACUCACAAGGGCAUUCCCAUGGCAGCCAGCAAUUUGUCCAUCAACCACCCAGUGGGGUCCCCAGACCACAUCUCUGUGAAGCAGUGCCUGCUGGGCAUCCUAAUCUUGGCACUGGUGGCCACUAUCUUCCUCGUGUGCACUGUGGUGCUGGCAGUCCGCCUCUCCCGUAAGGGCCACAUGUACCCCGUGCGUAAUUACUCCCCCACCGAGAUGGUCUGCAUCUCGUCCCUGUUGCCUGAUGGGGGUGAGGGGCCCUCUGCCUUAGCCAAUGGGGGCCUGCCCAAGGCCAAGAGCCAGGGCCUGACGCCAGAGCCCGGGGAGGACCGUGACGGGGAUGACCUCACCCUGCACAGCUUCCUCCCUUAGCUCCCUCUGCCAUCUGUUUUGGCAAUACCCCAGCCUCCACGGUCUCUCCUGGGCCUCCCCUGAGUGCCCAGACCUCAUUCCACAGCUCUGGGCUUCCUCGGAGACCCCUGGGGAUGGGGAUCUUCAGGGAAGGAACCCUGGCCACCCAAACAGGACAAAAGCAGCCUGGGGCCAAGCAGACUGGCAAGUGGAGCCACCUCUUUCCUCCCUCCUCGAAUGAAGCCUGGUCACAUUCCAGCCACAUUUCAGCCGAGGUCCAGGGAAGGAGGCCAUUUACUUGAGAGAGAUUCUCUCCUUUUUCCUGUCCCCCAUCUUAUCUGGGUCUCUCUAACGUCUCCCAUGGCUCUCCCCGCUUCUCCUGGUCACUGGAGUCUCCUCCCCACAUACCCAAGGAAGACGGAGUUCCCCCACCCCACACGCACCGCCGUUGUCUUCUGGUUGCCAUGGUCACCAAACAGGAAGUGGACAUUCUAAGGGAGGAGUACUGAAGAGUGACAGAUUCCUGAGGCUGUUUCCUGCUGCUCCUCUGACUUGGGGCAGCUUGGGUCUUCUGGGGCACCUCUCUGGGAAAACCCAGGGUGAGGUUCAGCCUGUGAGGGCUGGGAUGGGUUUCGUGGGCCCAAGGGCAGACCCUUCUUUAGGACUGUGUGGACCGAGAAGCUUCCCUCUAGUGACAAGUAACCCCCCAGCCGUCCUCUCUUGCCUUCCCCUGUGGCCACUUUCCAGGGUGGACUCUGUCUUGUUCACUGCAGUAUCCCAACUGCAGGCACAGUGCUGGCAAUAAAUGUGUGACGGACAAACCAUAGCUGAAUCCUUCAAGGUAUCAAGGCUGUCUCCUUCAGGCAGCCUUCCCGGAUUUCUCUAUCCCUCAGUGCAGGGUGGGGGCUGGUCCUCAGCUGUCCGCCCUCAGCCCCUGGCCCCCCAGGAAGCCUCUUUCAUGGGCUGUUAGGUUGACUUCAGUUUUGCCUCUUGGACGACGGGGGGUCUUGUACAUCCUUGGGUGGCCGGGAAAAGUUCAGGCUGUUGGGGGCCAAAGGGAGGCUGCCCUUUCCCCACCAGUGACCACUUUAUUCCACUUCCUCCAUUACCCAGUUUUGGCCCACAGAGUUUGGUCCCCGCUAAACCUCAGACCAAUAUCCAUCUAAACAUCAAUCUAUCCUCCUGUUAAA